AGGGGUCAGCUGACGGGGCGCCCUCGGGGAAGGCUUCUCUUCGCUUCCUCCCACCUAGCCUGUAUGGGCCGAGUGCGUGAGCGAGCUAGAGCGCGUGGCGUCACUGUCUCCGUAACCGUCGUCCCCUUCCCGGCGCUGGCCGAGAUGGAACGGCUCGAGAAGACGACGUGGAGUGUGCUGCAGCCGCCCGAGCUGAGAAAUGAAGGCUCGACUCUGAAGACUCUUCUGGUUUUUACAGCUUUAAUGGUCACCUUACCUGUUGGAUUAUAUUUUUCUUCUAAAUCCUGUGUGUUUGAAGGUACCUUGGGGAUGUCCAACCAAGACAGCUAUUUUUAUGCUGCGAUUGUUGCUGUUGUGGCUGUUCACGUGGUACUUGCGCUCUUCGUCUACGUUGCGUGGAAUGAAGGGUCACGCCAGUGGCAGGAAGGCAAACAAGACUAAAGGGACCAUCGCCUUUUGAUAAUGAAUAGGAUAAAGAAAUAGGUACACUGAAGCAAGUCCCUGCUGUGAGAAUGAGGUCCUGAAAACUGAUAAAGAGAACAAACAAAAUCGUCUCAUUUCCCAACGUUGGAGCCUCCUGCUGUAUGUCUGUUCUUCUGUACUUUCUGAAGGCUCUUCACUGAAAAGUUCCUCUCGCAUAAUGUAUGUGCCUCAUGUAACACAUCUUAAUAAAGACUCGUUGUUUUGAACCCUU